UCCCGGCCGUUGGGUGGGGAAGAGGUCCCCCGCCGGUCGCUUGUGGCGCCUUUUUCUGCAGCUCCCCCCACCCCCUAAAUUCCUGCGGAGGGGCGAGCUGGCAGGCCGGCUCCUCCCCCUCUGGGCGGCGGGGCCCCAGCCUCCCCUCCCCCACUAUUUGGCAGCGUCUGGGGGUCUGGGGAAGCUUCGUUUAUGCACUCGGGGGAGUUAGGUUUCCGGGAAGGGUCGGAAGCUCCUCCCUCGCUUCCUGGUGGGCAGUGGGGUGGUGCGUUUGGCUCCGAGGGUCGGAGAACACCCCCUCCAAUUUUUAAGGACGCCAGUGGCAUUUUGAGCCUUCCCGAUCUAAACCAGGUACUAGAAAACUACUCAGAUGCUCCAAUGACACCAAAACAGAUUCUGCAGGUCAUAGAAGCAGAAGGACUAAAGGAAAUGAGGCUGUUUCUCCUCAUGCUGCUGUCUGCACUGCUGUUGGACCACUGUACCUAUAGAAGUGGGACAUCCCCUCUUGCAUGUCUCAAUGCCAUGCUACAUUCUAAUUCAAGAGGAGGAGAGGGGCUAUUUUAUAAACUGCCAGGCCGAAUCAGCUUGUUCACACUCAAGAAGGAUGCCUUGCAGUGGUCUCGCAGUCCGGCUGCUGUGGAGGGAGAGGAGCCGGAGGACACAGCCGAUGUGGAGAGCUGUGGGUCUAACGAAGCCAGCACUGUGAGCGGUGAAAACGAUGUUUCUCUUGAUGAAACAUCUUCGAAUGCAUCCUGUUCUGCAGAAUCUCAGAGUCGGCCUCUUUCCAAUCCCAGGGACACCUACAGGGCUUCUUCACAGGCAAACAAGCAAAAGAAAAAAACUGGGGUGAUGCUGCCGCGAGUUGUCCUGACUCCUCUGAAGGUAAACGGGGCCCACGUGGAAUCGGCGUCAGGGUUCUCGGGCCGCCACGCCGAUGGCGAGAGCGGCAGCCCGUCCAGCAGCAGCAGCGGCUCUCUGGCCCUGGGCAGCGCUGCUACUCGUGGCCAGGCCGAGGUCGCCCGGGACCCUGCCCCGCUCCUGAGAGGCUUCCGGAAGCCGGCCACAGGUCAGAUGAAGCGCAACAGAGGGGAAGAGAUAGAUUUUGAGACGCCUGGGUCCAUUCUUGUCAACACCAACCUUCGGGCCCUGAUAAAUUCUCGGACCUUCCAUGCCCUGCCAGCCCACUUCCAGCAGCAGCUCCUCUUCCUCCUGCCUGAAGUGGACAGACAGGUGGGGACAGAUGGCCUAUUGCGUCUCAGCAGCAGCGCACUGAAUAAUGAGUUUUUCACUCACGCGGCUCAGAGCUGGCGGGAACGCCUGGCUGAUGGCGAAUUCACUCAUGAGAUGCAAGUUAGAAUCCGACAGGAAAUGGAGAAGGAAAAGAAGGUGGAACAGUGGAAAGAGAAGUUCUUUGAAGACUACUAUGGACAGAAAUUGGGUUUGACCAAAGAAGAGUCAUUGCAUCAGAACGUGGGCCAUGAGGAGGCUGAAAUCAAGAGUGACUUGUGUGUCCCAGGAGAAUCAGCACGGCCACAGCGUGGUCCAGCCACCCGACAGCGAGAUGGGCAUUUCAAGAAACGCUCUCGGCCAGAUCUCCGAACCAGAGCCAGAAGGAAUCUGUACAAAAAGCAGGAGCCAGAACAAGCAGGAGUUGCUAAAGACACACAGUCUGUGGCACCAGACAUCCCCCUCUACAAGGAUGGGGAGGCUAAGAGUGACUCAGCAGAGGCGGGCAGUCCUCACCUGCCUGGCUCGGCCUCUGCAGCACCUGACCCAGAAAGUCCCGAAUUCCUGACCCAGCCUGUGGCUUCCCGGACCCAGACCGAUCCAGGUGACUUGGCACAUGCUUCCGUGUCUCCAGACAGGAUUCCCAGCUUGCCUCAGGAGAAUGCGGAUCAGGAACCCAAGGAUCAGAAGAGGAAGUCCUUUGAGCAGGCGGCCUCUGCAUCCUUUCCCGAAAAGAAGCCCCGGCUUGAAGAUCGUCAGUCCUUUCGUAACACAAUUGAAAGUGUUCACACCGAAAAGCCACAGCCCACCAAAGAGGAGCCCAAAGUCCCGCCCAUCCGGAUUCAACUUUCACGUAUCAAACCACCCUGGGUGGUUAAAGGUCAGCCCACUUACCAGAUAUGCCCCCGCAUCGUCCCCAUCACGGAGUCCUCCUGCCGGGGCUGGACUGGUGCCAGGACCCUCGCAGACAUUAAAGCCCGUGCUCUGCAAGUCCGAGGGGCGAGAGGCCACCACUGUCAUCGAGAGGCGGCCACCACUGCCAUCGGAGGGGGGGGUGGCCCGGGUGGAGGUGGCGGCGGGGCCACCGAUGAGGGAGGUGGCAGAGGCGGCGGCAGUGGUGAUGGUGGUGAGGCCUGUGGCCACCCUGAGCCCAGUGGAGCCCCGGACACCCCUGGAGAGCGUGCGUCAGAUCUACAGCGAACACAACUACUGCCGUCUUGUCCUCUGAAUGGGGAGCAUAUCCAGGCUGGGACUGCUGUGUCCAGAGCCAGAAGAGAGGAACUGAUUGCUCUCAGAAAGGAGGAGAGCUGCCCCCUGCAGAGGGUUCCAGAUGUCCUCACAAGUGGGCUGGAAGUUGGGGCCUCCCAACUCCCCAUUGCUCCCACUGGGGACAAGCCUUGCCAGGCUUUGCCCUUAUUGUCCUCCCAAACCCCAGCCCCAGAGAGAUUAGUUGAGCAACCUCCGUUGCAUUUAGAUGUUAGAACUGAACAUGAGUCUGGUACCACUUCCUGGGAAAACGAUGAUGAGGAUCGAGGACCCUCUCUUUCUGCGGAGAGUGGUCCUGUGCAGUCUCUAGUGGGGGAUGUUGUAUUGGAAGGAGGACCUGGCCAGGCUCUAGAACGAGACAGUAACCCCAGCAUGAAGGAUCCUGUGAAUGUGACUCCCAAUUCUGCCAGUGAAUCACCAUUGGCUAAUUGCCUGCAGGAUAGACAGUAUGAUGAGGAAUUAGGACUUGGUGAUUCAUCCUCACCCACAAGGGAAAGUGCUACUAGACAAGAAGACUUGACAACUGAGGCCCUAGUCUCUGAUGGUGCUGCUCCUUGGGUGCCUGGCCUGUCAAAGGAUGAGGCAGUGGGACAGCCUGAACCAGACUCUAGGGAACUUGUCCCAUCUGUUGAGCCCCAGGCUGUGGAAGAGUGGGAGAAAGCUGCCGCCUUCAUUCCUGCAUUACCUGGGGAGUUGACAGCUGGGGAAGGGCUAGAUCCCCCCAACCACUUCCCUUUGCUCUGGACAGUGCCAUCUCGAGGGUGCACUGACCGUGCCGGCAGUGACCGCAAACCAGUGGAAGGUGAAAAGUUGAAAAUCAAUGGAGACUCUGAAGCACUGAGUCCUCAUGGUGAGUCUACAGACACGGCCUCUGACUUUGAAGGCCAGCUCUCUGAGGACAGCAGCGAGGCCGACCCCAGUGAGGCCACCAUGGUAAAGAGAGCCUUGGUGGCAGACACAGAUGAGAAACGCAAUUGGAACCCCUCUGCCUCACUCUCCAAAGUGAACGGUGACCGGAGUCUGGUUACAAGGACAGACAGCCUGGCUACUCCUCAGAGCUGGGUGUCUCGUGUAUGUGCAGUCCCCCAAAAGAUUCCAGAUUCCCUGCUGCUGGCUAGUACUGAGUACCAGCCAAGGCUUAUGUCGCUGGGCAGGGCUGGGUCCUCAUUGGAGGCCACUAACCCACUCGUGAUGCAGUUGCUGCAGGGUAACUUGCCCCUAGAGAAGGUUCUUCCUCCAGCCCAAGGCAGCAGCAAACCUGAAUCCCCAGGACUCCCGCUUAUGAAAGAGCAGAGCCUUGGCAGCUCCCUGGGAGCAGGAGCUUUGCAGGAUUCUGCAGAAAACAGUUGUGCAGUUGGCAGGAGCAGCCCCCGUGCUAUAAGAGCUUCAAAGGAGCCUCUUUUACCUGACAGCCAUGAAGCAGGCACCAGUCUUGCCAGGCUAGAGCCCACCCAUGCUCCUGGAGCACCCCAGAAGAUUUCCAAGACAGUCCCAAGUCUAGACUCCCUAUUUCCAGUGACAGAGCUGACGACUGCCUCUGGAAAAGUAGAAGAAGUGGAUUCCAAAGAGCGAUUCUCUACUGUUAGUUUGGAAGAUCAGAAGGAAGCCGUUGAUGUAUCCCAGCGCAGUAAUUCAAAUGCUGCCCCAGGCAAAAGCCCAGGAAAUCUCACUACCUCGAGAGACCCUUGUUUCUCUUCUCCAAAUGCGAUCUCCUUGGAUCCUGAUCAGACAGGUCGGGCCCUGGGUAAUCAGAACAGUACUGGAGGCCAAGGGAAGAAGCUCUUUGGCCCUAGGAAUGAGGCUGCAGCCCUUCAGUGCCCCAGACCCAUGGAGCCAACACCACUGCCUGCUGAUGCCCCUCCCAGUUUUCCCAGUAGGAAGUUGGGGCCAAGCAAAAACUCUGUGUCUGGUGGGGUACAGACCACCAGAGAAGACUGGGCUCCAAAGCCACCCCCUGCCUCUGUUGGCAGCAUCAAGAGCGAGAAGACUUUUGAGGGGGGUCCUCUCAAGGCAAAUGCAGAGAACAGAAAUGCCACUGGUCCUGGUCCACGGGAGUUAGUGGAUCACUUGCAAGGGAUGCCCUUUGUCCUUGAUCUGCCCUUCUGGAAAUUACCCCGAGAGCCUGGGAAAGGGCCUGGUCAGCCUCUGGAGCCUUCCUCCAUCCCCUCCCAACUCAAUAUCAAACAGGCAUUUUAUGGGAAGCUUUCCAAACUCCAGCUAAGUUCCACCAGCUUUAAUUAUGCCUCCAGCUCCCCCACCUUUCCCAAAGGCCUUGCUGGAAGUGUGGUGCAGCUGAGCCACAAAGCAAACUUUGGUGCGAGCCACAGCGCAUCACUUUCCUUGCAGAUGUUCACCGACAGCAGCACGGUGGAAAGCAUCUCACUCCAGUGUGCGUGCAGCCUGAAAGCCAUGAUCAUGUGUCAGGGCUGUGGUGCGUUCUGUCACGAUGACUGUAUUGGACCCUCAAAGCUCUGUGUAUUGUGCCUUGUGGUGAGAUAAUAAAUUAUGGCCAUGGGAAAAGUUGUAUAUUUAGUGUGUGUAUUUUGAUAAUGAUUGAUCUUACACCUGUAUACAGAAUAUCAUUGAUAUAAUAGACUCUGUUUCUCUAAGCAAGAGCACUCUUGCCCUUCCCUAAAAUUUGUAGUGCUAAAGCCCCUCUGUCACUCACCAACUCUUCUGGUCUUGCUGGAAGGGUUUCCUGCCUGGCAACUCAUUGGGCUGCCCAAGGCCGGCUGGCCAGCUUGAGCUCUCAUGCAGACAGAGCCUGGUGUGGCGUGGGGAGCCUACCUUGACACCCAGAGGGACUUGAAACUGAAGAAAGAAGGUUGUGUUCUCCAUCAGGGGAACUAACCUACCUGAACUGAGUAGACCUGCCAGUCUUCCACUGCCCCCUCCCUGCCAUCUUCCCUUCUGCUGCUCCGCCUGGGGGAGUUCAUGGCUGGGGAAGCCAGCACAGGGUUAAAGUAACUCCCAGCAGUGCCCACCAGGGGGCCCAAGCACCUGCUCACCUCAGGGGCACAGUUCAGUCACUUGCCAUUUGACAGGAGCCAGUUUGACCUUUGGUUCUGUUGCUGAAGCAAAUUUGGGACUUUCCUGUCUUGGUACCAUUCACUGGCCCGCAGGAGCUUUUGAAACCUUGAAUAGACUUGCUUGGACAAUGGGGUUGGGCAUAGGGUUGUCUUUCCUCUUAAAAUGCCAUCUGUAGACCUUGUAAGUCAGAUGUCCAGAUGUUUGGCAGGUGAAUUCCUCUGCUUGACACCCUCCCUGUCACUUUGGACUCAGUGGGAGUGGGCAUCUCCACGCACCUGUGUAUGUGAAAGUCAUUUUACAUUUCAAAGCAGUGUGUGUUUCUUAUUUUUAUAUUUUUAACUCUUUAUCCUUGGAUGUAUAAAGUGAACUUUUUGGCUUCUGUAAGUAUGCUCUAUGCACCUCUAAUGUUUUAUCAUGUAUUUAUAUGUUGUACACAGUACUGGCCGAUUCUGUAAAUGGAUGUAUUGUACAGAGAA